GAAGAAAGAGGUCGACAACAAAAUGGCUGAGGAACAGGAAUACUACGAGGCUGCCCAGGGGGACGAAAACGGGCAAGGUUUCCAGCAAGACACGUAUGGAACUGAGGAUGGAGGUUCAGGGUAUACUGGUGGAGCGGGAGAUCAACAAGAGACCGGCGUUGAAGGGACAGAAGGCGGCGCAGCGAAUGAAGAAGACGAUGAUGAUGAUAGAAAACUCUUCGUUGGAGGAUUGAGCUGGGAAACAUCGGCCCAGGAAUUAAAAAACUACUUCAGUAAAUUUGGAGAAAUAACCAGCUGCACACUCAAGACAGACCAGAUGACAGGCAGAUCAAGAGGCUUUGGUUUUGUUGUUUUUAAGGACACAGCUUGUGUCGAUAAGGUUCUCGAGGCAGGCCAACACAAACUCCACGGUAGAAACAUUGAUCCAAAGAAAGCCAAUCCCAAGAAGAGAGAGCCUAACUUGAAAGUGUUUGUGGGAGGAUUGAAUCCAGAAACACCAGAGGAACAAAUCCGGGAUUACUUUCAGAAGUUUGGAAAGAUUACUGAAAUUGAUUUGCCUGUGGACCAGGCCAAAAACAGAAGAGGCUUUUGUUUUAUCAAAUUUGAUUCAGAAGAAGUAGUCCGUAAAGUGGUGGAAAACCGAAUGCAGACCAUUGGUGGAAAAGAGGUUGAGGUGAAGAAGUCUGUGCCAAAGCGCGGUGGCUUUGGAGGCGGUUGGGGCGGUGGCUUUGGGGGGCGAGGUGGUGGCCGAGGACGAGGCAGAGGUGGCUAUGGAGGAGGUUGGAACCAAGGUGGUUACAACAACCAAGGUUAUGGUGGUUAUGGCAACUACAACCAAGGUGGUUAUGGCAACUACAAUCAGGGAGGAUAUGGCAACUAUGGAGGAUAUGAUUACAACCAGGGUUAUGACUACAACCAGGGCUAUGGAGGUGGUGGCUGGGGAGGAUAUGAUCAGGGAUAUGGUUAUGACUACAGUGGCUGGGGAAGUUAUGGACAGGAUCAAGGUCAAGGUAGUGGAGGGUAUGGGAAGACUCCAAAACGUGGAGGUGGGCAUGGAUAUCAGCCAUAUUAGAAUAGGUGUGUCUAGGGCUUGCCCCUGAUUUUACAGUACUGGAAGCAUUUAUCAGGCAGCAGACUACUGGAUAACAUCUAGUGCUUCUUGCUGAAUUACUCAUCAUCAUUUGAAUUUCAUUAAAUCUUCCAUUUUUCGUCUCAUCUUACUGGUUACUGUACCAAUUUUAUGAUUUUAUCAUGUACUUUGUACGCAAAUAAACCUUCAUUUUAUUUAA